GUGCAGAAAUCUUCCUAAGAGGCAAUUCUUUCCCUUUAAUGAAGUUGUUAUUUUAAGCGUGUUGGAAACUUGCACUGAAAGUGUGAGAUAACCUAACACUAUAUAUAUAUAUUAAAAAAAAUAAAAAGUAUGGUUGGAUUUCGAAUCGAGGAGGAGAAUAGAUAGGUUUUUACCUCUUUACUGCUACUGCAGUUUGAAUUUUCCCUGAGGGAUGACUUGGGAAGAGAAUCAUCACCACCAUAAACCGGUUGAACAGGAAGGAAAGCUCCUGACGGAAAAGUUACGCCUCCUUGAGAGUGAAAGCACAUAGGUCACCUGAAAAUGUCUGGGAGCAGGAAGGCACAGGAGGCUCUAUAUCCCUCUGACACAUUGUGUUCCAGUGCUAUGUAGCUCCAGUUUUGAACAUUGCUGUCUUGGCCUUGGAACUAUCAUGAGACUUUCCUGAGGACCAAAAAGGACUGAAGGGAACAAUCACCCAUGGCUCAGUUUGGGAGGGUGCCCUUCUCACUCAGUGAAUUCUGUGAAGGACAGCCUGGGGACCAAGCACCUCACCCAAGGUGCCAUUCUGGCUCUGAUGGAGGGAUCCCCAUAGGAUUUGAUCGGAUAGUUGACGAAGUCAGCAAUGAAUUCUUUUUUUAUGGCUCAUCCCAUCCACAUCAUCAUGAGGAAAUGUUUUUCCCAUCAGACUUUUUCUCUCAGAACGUGCCAGACCAGCACCUUUGCAGUCAUCCUCUUGUUGCCUAUGGAGAAUUUUACCUUGGAAAUCCAAUCCCUCACUGGCAGCAAGGCACAGUGUCACCCAUGGUUGGCUUCAGACCUUCUUUACUGCCUGACUGCAGAAACUUCUCUGUGGUGGAUUCCCACCCCUACAGACACGAGAGACAACUCCAUGGAUGGGAGAGUGGAAAUUCAGUUUCAAAUGUGGAAAGAGGCAACACAAAUCCGGAGUUCCAGAUAGGCUUUGGCCAUCUGGAUGCUCCAAGUCCUGUUUUCUCAGACAAUUAUCCAUUUGGACAGAAAGUGAGAGAAGAAAGUGGAAAUGGGGAAGCUUUUUUAACCAACACUUCCAGAAGAUGUAACUCAGGACCAACCCAUCCCCAGGGCUGUGGACAUAACAGAGAGGCUGCAGGUUGGUCUAUCCAGCUGAUUGAAGCAGAGCAAGGAAGCAAUGAAAGCACAGUUGGUUUUUGCAACGCAGUGGAGAAAAUCAGAAGUGCCUAUCCUGCUUUUGAUUUGGAGACAAAUACUGGGAAAAUCUGGAGCAUCGCAACAAGGUUCCCAGAGCAUCUCCUUGGUGGAAAAAAAUUCAGAAUCAGCAUUUGGACAGAUUUUUCACCACAUCCUCUGCUUCUUACACAACGUGCUGGCUGUAUCACUCACGACUUAAUUGUGGAGGUGCUCCGCUGCAGCAAUCGAUCCCCAGGCCCGGAGGAAUUUCUCCUGAGCGUGUGUGGGGCUGAGGAAUUCUUACAAAACUCCUGUACUUUGGGAAGCCAUGAAAGUCUUCGCAAGGCCACCUUCAUUCAGCUUCGCCUACACCACGCUGAUAAUUUGAAGCAAAGUUUGGCUCGAACACAUGCAGAUGACCAAAGAAGGUUCUGUGUGAGUGAGCUGUUGGCAGACAUUUGUGCCUGGAGACUGAUUCGGCAGAACCUCAGCUCUGUUAUUAUGAACUACAGAGGUCAAGUGGAAUAUCUGCUGCAAAAUGAGAAUAAUGUUGAUAACGUGAUUGAAGCAACUAAAGCCAUCUGCAGUGUCCUCUGUUUUGUGGAAACCAGAGACAUCAGUGAUGCAGUCAGGAAACUCCUUGCUCUGGUGAAAGCACAGAACUCUCUUCAAAGUGUGGAAACACCAGACAAAGUGCUAAUAGAGGCUGCUGUGACCGAGCUCUCCACGGCCAUCUCUCGUCUCAUCCACAUCUACAGCAGCAGCUUUGAUACAAAUUUCCAGCUUGCCAGCAUACCUAAGAGCCCUUUGUGUGCAGACAUCAGCCCAAAUUCCCAGCUGAGCUUCACUGUCUGUGCUGCCCACAACAUCCCAGCAGCCUGGGUGGACAGCUACAAAGUUUUCUCUUUUUCCUGUUUACUAACUUAUGCUGGGAAGACAAUAUGUCAAGUAAAGAUUUGCAAAAAUACUCCAGUUAAAAGAUCCUUCUUUUUCCUGGCUGACUGGAAUGAGAAGGUCAACUUCCCUCUACGAAUAAAGGCUCUUCCAAGGGAAACUAUGCUGACAGUAAAACUACUGGGAGUAAACAGCACCUCGAAAAAUACAGAAGUGCUUGCUUGGACAUGCUUCCCAUUGUAUGCAAAAGAGAGGCUCUCCCGUGGGACCGUGCUGCUCAGCAUGGCCCUGCACAGCACGCUCCCCACCGCGCUCAUCGCCCCGGGCAUCCGCGGCACCGAGACGCCAACCUCGGUCACACUGCAGAUCAACUUCCCAGAAACCGAUUUGGAGUUCAUUAAACCUGAACCUGAAGAAAGAAGAGGGGAUCUUGUAGAGCCAACCCCAGAGUGCCUGCAGCACCUUGCCAGACUUUCACAGAGACAUUCCCUCUUGCUACUCUCAGAACAACAGAGAAGAAUCUUGUGGUUUUAUCGCUACUCCUGCAACAGCCAGAACUGCUCCCUUCCCCUGGUGCUGGGCAGUGCACCCAGCUGGGAUAGAACCACCCUCUCAGAAAUGUACGCCUUGCUGAGGAGAUGGAGAUUUGCCAGCCCUCUGGAGGCACUCGGGCUGCUGACUUUCAGUUUUCCUGAUCAAGAUAUUCGUGGGGCAGCAGUCCAACAAAUAGAAAAUGUGUCCAAUGAUGAAUUGUUAGAAUACCUCCCACAGCUGGUCCAGGUGCUCAAGUUUGAGUGGAAUCUUGAAAGCCCUCUGGUGAAGCUCCUGCUGAGUCGUUCUCUUCAGAGCAUCCAAGUAGCCCAUCAGCUUUUCUGGCUGCUGAAGAAUGCACAGAAUGAAGUUCAUUUCAGAAUGUGGUACAAGAAACUCCUGGCUGCUCUCCAAUUCUGUGCUGGACAAACCCUGAACAAGGAGUUUUCUAAGGAAGAAAAACUCGUCAGAAUUCUGGAAGACAUUGCCACGAAAGUGAAAGCUGCCAGUGACCCAAAAAGAAAGGAGGUGUUAAAGGUGGAGCUCAGCAGGCUCCAGCAGUUCUUCCAGGAGGUGAAGGUCUGCCGGCUCCCCCUGAACCCCGCGCUUGUCGUCCAAGGCGUGGAGGCAGAUUCAUGUUCUUAUUUUACAUCCAAUGCUUUCCCAUUAAAAAUCUCCUUCAUCAAUGCGAGUGCUCCAAGUGGAAACAUCAAUGUUAUUUUUAAGAUAGGUGAUGAUCUACGUCAAGACAUGUUGGUUCUGCAAAUCAUUCGAGUGAUGGACAGCAUCUGGCUCCAAGAGGGACUGGACAUGCAAAUGAUCAUUUAUAGGUGUUUAUCUACUGGGAAAGGACAAGGACUGGUACAGAUGGUGCCAGAUGCUACCACACUAGCAAAGAUCCACAGGGAGUCUGGACUGAUAGGACCAUUGAAAGAAAACACAAUUAACAAAUGGUUUCGCCAUCAUCAUCCUCUGGAAUCAAGUUACCAAGAGGCCAUAAGGAAUUUCUUCUAUUCCUGUGCUGGCUGGUGUGUUGUCACCUUCAUCCUGGGGGUCUGUGAUCGACACAGUGACAACAUAAUGCUGACAAAAGCUGGACACAUGUUCCACAUAGAUUUUGGAAGAUUUUUGGGUCAUGCACAGAUGUUUGGAAGCAUAAAAAGGGACCGAGCUCCCUUCAUCUUCACAUCAGAGAUGGAGUAUUUCAUAACAGAGGGGGGAAAAAACCCACAACGUUUCCAGGAGUUUGUGGAGCUUUGUUGUCGAGCUUAUAACACAGUCAGGAAACACAGCCAGCUACUCCUGAACCUGCUGGAGAUGAUGCUGCAUGCAGGAUUGCCUGAGCUAAACAGCAUCCAGGAUCUGAAAUAUGUGUAUGAUAAUCUCCGUCCUCAGGACUCAGAUCUGCAGGCUACAAGCUACUUUACAAGGAAAAUAAAGGAAAGUUUGGAGUGCUUUCCUGUUAAACUCAACAACCUGAUCCACACUCUUGUCCAGAUGUCAGUGGGGAGCUGUGCCAAGCCUCCAUCCCCAGAGAGUGUCCCCCAGGAAUGGAUGGUGCUGCACACAGAGAGGUCCAUCGCCAGGGCCACCAUCCUGGGAUUCAGCAAAAAGCCCGACCCCGUAUAUCUCAUCCAGGUGGUGCAAACCUGCAACGUGGUCACCUUCGUGGAAAAAUCAUUCGACCAGCUCUCAAAACUUCACAGCCAUCUCCAGAAGCAGUUCCCAUCUCAUGCCCUCCCAGAGUUUCCCCACUCCUGGCAUUUACCUUUUACGGAUCUUGAACAUAAAAGAGUGAAGGAUUUGAACUUCUAUCUGAAGCAGCUGUUAAGUGGCUCCAGGAAGCUGGCUAAUAAUGAGCUUGUACUCGGCUUCUUCCUCAACUGGUCCAAAAAUACCUUGGCAGAAGAGUCGUCAUCUCUGACCUUAGCUGGUCAGCAGCCUGGAGUACAGCUGGUCAUCUCCUACGAGAACACCCAUCUGACAAUAAUGCUGAAACACAUGAGGAACAUUCACCUCCCAGAUGGCUCUGCCCCAAGUGCACAGGCUGAAUUUUAUCUUCUGCCAGAUCCUCAUGAGGUCAGUCGAAGGAAAACAAGAACAGCUCCAAAAGGCUCUGACCCUACUUACAAUGAGCUUAUUGUAUAUGACAGAGUCACAGAGCUCCAAGGCCGUGUACUGAAGCUUGUGGUGAAAAGCAAAGGAACAUUCGUGGGAGCUGUUAACAUUCAGCUGAGCAGUGUCCAGCUCAAUGAAGAAAAGUGGUACCCACUGGGAAACAGUGAAAUUUAAAUAUUCUCCAAGAUGAUGCAAUUAUUUGCCCACUAAUGUUUCUUUAUCCCAUUUCUCACGCUACAUUUUGUCUCAGCUGCCCUUGAGAAUAAGAAGUCAUCUGCUGAGCACAUAUCCUAACAUUUCUAACCAUGAGGUUAUUGUCUCAAAACUGCUGCCAUCUUCCUGCCACAGAUUCCUGACAGUGGGAGCCUAAGGAAUCACAUGCUAAGGACUUGUAGCAACAUGCAGAAAGUUCUCACAACAGCAAUGAAAGGCUUGGUUUUGUUAAUAUUAAAUAGUACUGUAAAAAUACUGAAUUCUGUACACAUUCUUUGCCCAUUAAUUCCUCUGUCUGUGUUGAAACAAUGCUGAUAAUGAUGUAUUUUACCAUCACUGCAUGUGAUGAGUUCACCAGAAGAGCAUGUGAUAGUUCCCUGCCAGUCUAUUUCUGAUGUCCAGCAAAUUUCACAUGAAAUCUUACCCAAUCAAUAAUUUGUUUUUUUAAGAACUUUAAAAGUUUUGAUACAAUGUAACAUUUAAUCCAGGGUGUAAAAUUGUCAAUAAUAUAUGCCAAUGUUUCUUUUAUUCUGACCUCCAAGAGGCAGAUAUUACUGGUCAUUUGCGUGAAUAAAGAAGGAGGGAGAAGUUAAUGUUCAUGAAUAAACAGAAUAUAUUGAAUGUGAGCUUGCAGUGGGGGAUUUAUUUAAGCUCAUGAUACCACAGAUAUUUGUUCAGCAGUCUUUCCACAUUGCACUCCUAUGCUGCAUAAGGGGUUCAAGUCAAUAUAUGCAUUGAAUAGACCUCAGGGCUAUAAAAUACAUGUUUAUAUAUUAAAUAAUGAACAUGAGGGGUUCCUUGAAGUUCACAGAUGCUCAUUAUUGGCUCUGUUUUUCUCUAAUUUGAGGAAGCACUUAAGAACAUCUUUAAGCAUUUGGCAUGUGAGGAGCCACAGUAACCUAUUAUUGCCAGACCCUUGCACA